UAUCGAACCGCCCUUGUGGACGCAUCGAAUAUUUGGUUAAAUUGAUUGUCUGAUGGAUAAAAUUUCGUCGUGGUCAUUCACGUUGUCGAGAUCGUGGUGUCACCCGUAUUUUCGUCGGUCAAACUGUUCCUUGUACCCCCCGGAACCCUUAUUGUUGAAGAAAAUAGCUAACGGACAACAGGUAAAUAAACGGCCACUAUGUUUUUCUGGUGACUCUCUUCCUCUACAAAUAACAGGAUAAAAUGUCGGAGUUGAUGAUGAUUGGAAAAUCAAUGGGUUUCAUCAUACUCUUGUAUUUUCUCACCCUAAUUCAUCUACCCGAAGCGAAGCCACAAAAAGAUAAACCCAUCGAAUCUCAGUCUAUAACACAAGUUCCAGGAAAGAAAGAAAGCGUCUCGCCGCGAGCUGCAGGCGAAUUAUGGUACUCGAAUUUCGACGAGUACCAAAGGCUUACAGAGCCAACGUUUGACAACAAUACGGUUGUCAAUAAUACGGUCCAGCUGGGCGGCACUGCCUUUCUCCAUUGCAGAGUUCGAAACCUCGGCGAAAGAACGAUAACAUGGGUGAGGCGUCGAGACUGGCACAUCCUCACGUCUGGGGUGUUCACGUACACGAACGACGAACGGUUCCAAGUUCUACACGCCGAGGGAUCGGACGACUGGACCCUCCAGAUCAAGUACGUGCAGAAAAAGGACAACGGGACUUACGAAUGUCAGGUGGCGACCGGAGCAGGCAUCAUGUCCCAUUUUGUCAAUUUGGACAUAGUCGUCCCAGAGGCGUUUAUAGUCGGGGCUACCGAAUACCACGUCGUGUUGGGAGGAACGAUUAACUUGGUUUGCGUCAUUGAAAAGAGUCCGACACCGCCGCAGUACGUGUUGUGGUACCACAAUUCUAAGAUGAUCAACUAUGACACAUCGAGGGGCGGGGUCCAAGUGAGGACGGAGCAGGGUCAAAAGACCGAAUCCCACCUCACCAUCCACGACGCCAAAUACACUGACAGUGGCAAUUACACAUGUAGCGCAUCAAACACCCAGCCGGCGUACAUACACGUCUUCGUGUCCGAAGGUGACAAGAUGGCUGCCAUUUCUCGUCGGAAGUCAUCCUCUUCAGGUCCAAUAAUUUCAGCAGCAGUCUGGUACAUCCUGCUUCCGCUCAUGCUUUCCUCGAUCGCUGCGUAAGGCGACAGCUGCGGCGAAAACGAAUCGCCAGCGCCCUGUCCCCGUAAAAACCCGUUUGACCUCUUAAAAUUAUUUAUCUCUCGUAAGAAAUUAAAUAAAAAUCCACUCCCCCGAUCCCACCCUACAUGAAAAUCACUUAAACUUAAUGCAAUUAACAUAGUCCCCUGUCUUGUACAUAGUAAUCCCCUGAAAUUAUUAAAACUUAGAUGAAAAUUCAAUUAAUAAAAAAAUAUAAGGUGGUUAGUAAAAAUUUCCAUUAUAAAAUUUAUCGUGUGGAUGGGACUUGUUUUCCUCCUGUGUAUUUUCUGUUCGUAUCCCGUUUAAAACUUGUGUAAAUCGGCACGUGUAAAAGCGUUUAUAUUUUCAAGAAGAGCUUAAAAUAUAACAAAUCAAAAAGAGAAACAAAGAGAGCGAAAAAUUGUAAAUAUUUAUGAAUGGGUCGAGAUAAAGCGAUGAAACAUGUAUUGUAAUUAAUUAGAUAUAAUAUGGUAUAAGGUAAAUUGUAAAUAUUUGUGUAAGAAUCGAACGCCCUUCGAAAACGGUUAUACAACGCAGACUGAGUGAUAAAAGUCGAAAUCGUACGCACUACUCGAGCUAACAACGUCUAAUGCGUAAAAUGAUACGCCCGACUAAUAUAUGGAAAGAGUAAUGGAACAUAAAGCCGUAACCAUAAGAUUUUAUACAAGCACAUUUCAUAAGCUCAAGUUGUCGUUUAUGUUCAAUUUGCAACUUGAUAAUCCGUUUUAUUCCCAGCCCACGAUUGAAAGUAACAUUAUAAUACAAGCAAAUAUUAAUAUAUGUUUCGUAUUAAAUAUCAAAUACAUUAUAUCAUAACUAUAGUAACAUAUACAAAAACAACAAACAAACAAAAAGCUUUAUCAUUUUAAGUUUUAUCAAGUUUCAGAAACAAAAGGCAAACACAAAGGUGAAAUUCGUUCUCUUUUUCAUAUUAUUUAUUUGGCAUAAGAGUUCAGUAGAAGUCAUACAAGAAGUUCGGAGCUUCGGUUUUACGUAAAGUUUAAUUAUGAAGUGACAAUAAGCUGACGCAAGAAAUAAAGUCGUACCCGCUCUUUGUUAUGUAGCAUUGUUUAUGUUCGGCAGCCUUAUUUCCCCUUGGCUGAGAACAUUCUCGUUUCUCCAUAAUUCAUCGGCUCGAGUUACAGUUAUACACGGGGGUGGCUUAGCAUUGCGCUAACUCUAAAUUUUCGGUGGAAAUUUUAAAUUUGUAAAAGACCUCCGAGACCUUGGAUGUACCGUCGGAGCACGAACUGGUAUACCAGUACCUCGUCGGAAUUAUUAACGGACGACACAUCGAAGUUGUCGCUGCGUUUCGCCUCUUACAUUUUUACCUCAAAAACUAAAAUCAAAAUCAACCCCGCCAAAAAAGUGUUAUAAAUCGCUCAAUUAAAACAAAGCUUUGAUGGUGAUCUCAGCGAGUAAUAUUACAUUUAAAUUGCAAAUCGGUUUUCUGAGAUUUCAAAUUUUAGGCUUUACAGUUUAUGUAUAUAAAUUAAAUUAAAACCACUCUGUAUUUGAGAACUGUUGAUUUAAUAAACAACAUCACAUUUCGAUUGGUUUAAACAAAUACAAUAUAGACAAUUAAAUUUAUAAUUGUAUAAGCAUAUUCGACGUUAUUAGAUUAGAUUAUGAUAGAAUGUAUUUGUUUGUUUGUCUCGUUUGCAUAAUAUUAGUCAAUAUAAUUUAAAUAAUUAGGUUAUAUUACAACAUGGGAAAUUUAAAUCCUAUUAUGCAAAGGAUUGUUCUAUUAGUUAAAAAAAUUGAAAAGUGUUAGAAGAAAUUUACUAAAAAUAUAAAAAAUAAAAUAUUUAUUGAUAAACUAAUAUAUUAAUUUUUGCAUAAAUACCAUCAGAAAUGCAUAAAAGAAUUGAUGCAGUAGUCAAAUGAUAAUUUUUAUAUAUAAUUUUUUUUUUUUAAUUUGUACCCUACCUUUAUUAUAUUACAAAUGUGAUGACCAAACGUUUUAUCAUACGGUCACUGCGUUAACCUAGCGUUUUAACCAGGAGGACACAUGCCAUCGCUGGCACUCAGUGUAAGGGAUUAAGCUGGAAAAAGAUCCCGAGGCCAUUGAUUGCAACGUGGCGUGCUCUGGGGAUGGGAAUGUAUAGAGAGGGCUCGACAGUAGGGCUAGGAUGGAUCGAGAGGUUGGUGUGAAAAUUUGGAAUCAAGAACGGAACGUUGGCUAAAGGAGUGUUCGUUGUGGACAGUGAGGACCUUUGACCAACUGUCUGAGGACUUUUGAUAAAAAGGAUUGGAUGCCAUGGCAGAACCACAUAGUUCCAGUAUGCCCAAAUUGGUCGCACUAAAUUCUUGUAUAAGGGUAGUUUAGUUUUGUUACUCAAGUCAGAUUUCGGUCCAAGGUCAUUCAUGGUUGUCCCAGUCGUUGGUUAAAGGAGAUUCUACUUCAGUCUGCUGUCUAGGUACAGUCGUAACUAUUUGACUUGAAUGGAAGCCGGUGUCUCUUUGUUGAUGUAUAAUGGAGGGCAAGACUGAUUUCUCAUUGUGAACGUACACUGAGUAUAUUUUUCUUCAUUCAGUCUUGUCCUCUACUUUUUGCACCAGUCUUCGAUAAGCUCAAGGUGUUCUUGGAUUUUGGAGGUGACUUAGAAAGGAUUCGGGAUAGAGGAUAACUUUGCGGUAUCGUCCGCGUAGAUGGUGAUGACUUAUGACGGUAUUAUGGUAUAUAGGUAGGUCAGCGGCAUAAAUAAUAUAAAAGAUUGGACCAAGAAUGCAUUCUUGUGGAAGACCGGCAGCAAAAUUAUUUAACAUCCGAGAACUCGUUGCCUCACCUUACUCUAAAGGUCGGUUAGGCAGGUUUUUGUGAUAAGUCAAUAAGUAGUGAGUAGGAAACGUGUAUAAAAUAUGCCCUGGUCCCAGACGAGAAUUCUUACAUUUAUAUCCAGAAGUAGAUAAGGCUGACUCGAUAAAACAAAAAACAAUUAAAAACUAAAUAGGGUGUUAUUAUUUAUUCUAUGAUGAAUUGAGCAUUGAAGUUUAUGUUUGCAUAAUUUUGUAUGUAAUUUUUGUUCUUAAUUUCCUGAAAAAAAAUCACUAUACAUCCCAUAGUCGAGAUAUAUCUAGAUGUUUUACAUUCCUAAUUGUAUAAAGCUAAAUUACAUAGAAGAUAUGGAGGAAUUGCCUGAAAGACAAUCAAACAGUAAAGGCGCGAAUGCGGUCGGCGAUAUUGCUCCCAGCAACAAAUUUAACAGCAGUCUCGUAAUUUGGUUGCGGCCUUCAAGCCCCUUAAAGCUGCAAUAGAUAACCCUAAGCACAACCUGUUUCUCUCCCUCUCCUCGAGCCAGCCGGCAUGAAGACCUCUUGGGAAAUAAUAUAGAAAGUGUCGGUGGAAACUUUAUUCUAAUCUAAACCCUUCCACUCUGUUCGGCCGGCCGUCGGAGAACAGGCCACAAGGUACAAAAAAACUUGUAAACUCUUUGUAAAAGUUUUCCCGCUUAUUUUUACAGCGAGAGAUGUUUAAAAACGGCUGGAGGGGGCGGGAAAGAAAAACCUUUUUCGCAAGCAUUCGACAGCUUAUUGUUCAGGUCAAUAAUAUUGAUGGUUAUUCUAUAAAACAAAACACAAAAAAACUUUAAUUUUGUUUUCAUUGUUUACAGUAUUUUGCACAACUUUGUUAAUUACUUCGCCUGAUGAAAGUCCUUAAUUGAAAAAUUCUCCUAUAAAAGCACUGAACAGUUUACUGAAUUAAACACAGCCUAAUGAAGUUACUAAAACGAUAAUUUUCAAUCGUUUAGAAAUUGAAAAAUCAAAAUUAUGAUAAACGGUUCAUGUCCCCUUAAAAACUUGACAGUUUGCUUGACUUCGUUCCAGCAAAAGCAUCAUAAGUCAGUGAAUUCGUAGGAAAAGGCAGUUUUGUAAAAUUACUAGUUUGAAAAUAGCACAAUUAUUUAUGCUUAAUCUUUCAUUACAUUUUUAAAACAUAUACAUUCAAACCAAGCUAAUUUCUCUGUUACUAAAUUGAAAAUAAAACUGAAAAUUGGAAAAAAUUGGCAGUGUUUGUUUGUCUGCAUGGAUGGGAACAUGUUGAACUGAUCGAUACUGAUGCGGUUUGCAUUUCACGAAUUUGCGUUUCGGCUUCACGCCAUCUUCAGUGAGGAACUGGUCAAUAAACCAAGCAAAAACUGACUAACUCAGUAAAUGAACCGUGUCGAUCAGAUAAAAACAUUAGUAGUUAAUUAACCAUUUUAAGUAAGGUUUUGGUGAAAAUGAAAAGGUUAGUAACACGAGCGGGAUUCGAAC